AUGUAUGAUUUUUCACCCACAUAUCUGUCUCCUUUGCUAAAGGAAAAUGUCAGGCCUGGGAGGAAGAGGAUUUUGGACGAUGCUUUGUUUGAGUUUUUUCGCAAAGAGGCUGUCAAAUCUCUCAAGAGGGACUUUGCUAAGUUCUGCAAUGAAUCUGUCAUCUUUUCUAAGAGAAAACGGUUAAAGGAGCAUGCUAUUGGAAGAGAGUCGUUUACAUCAUAUUCCAUUAAGUACUUCUGCGAGAUUGUGAAAUCAUUGACUGACCGUCGUAAGAAUAUAGUUGUAAACGAUUCGAAGAGCAUCUCAAUCUCUAAGGAUUCAAUUCAUUAUGUCAUUGGGUUGCCUAAUUCUGGAUGUGUUCCUAUUCCUGAUAGUGAAGCUGGUGCAGAUUUCCUUUUGAAAAUGUUUGGAUUGCCAAAGUUGCCUCACAUUACUUUCUUUGGUAACAAACUAAAGUCUCGAGAGGUUUUGACCGACAAAGAAGUCUUUGUCUGUUUUAUGGUCAUUGCUUUCAAGUGUUUUCUGUUUCCUUCAAGCAGUGAGCUCCCCAACACUGAUUACUUGUCUAUCCUUCAAGAUCCAGAAUCUACAAGUUCUGUUGAUUUGUGUAAGCUUGUUUUUGAACAUUUCAUCUCUGGAGUGCAUAGUUACAACAGAACUUGUAAAUUGAUUGGGAGGAAGGGUAAAUGUUUUGAGUUCUCCAACUACAUUCUUGCUGUUUACUAUCUCGAUUCUUUGGAUUUUGGACCUAUUAUUCUUGAUCAAGCUGUGCCUAGGGUUUCUGUUUGGAAUGGGAGUCUGAUAAAAUUCUUCUCCGAUUUAGACCAUGUAAAGAAUAAUGUGUUUGGAAAGAGCUCUCUUAGGAAUAACCUACCGUCAUGCUAUCUUCAGGGUGCGUUGCAGGAUUCUUCGAAAUGUGUUAAGGAUGCUUCAAGUUUUAGUCUUGAACCAGCUUGUUUUUCCUUGGUCUUUACGAACAAUUUAUACUUGAGGUUUGGCAGUACUAUUGAGCGAAAGAUUAUUGAUGGCAUCAUUGCUUCAGUUCAAACUGCAAUUACUGUUCGAAAUCCUAAUGUGUCCAAAGCUGAACAGUGUGUUACAAAUGUGUUGGAUUUUCUCAAUAUCUCGAGGUGUUCUGAAAAUGAGAUACCCAAGUGUGCUGCUUCUCUAGAUGGGGAUAUGAAAAUCAGUUCUGAAGCUAAUGUAUAG